AUGCGCCUCCAAGCGACCUGGUUCCUGGCAACCCUGGGGGCCAUAGCCUCUGCCUCCACUACUAGUCGUAACAAUAACAUCCUGGAAGUGGACCUCGUCUUCCCACAAAACAAAACCUACACACCCACGGCAUGGUUCCCCAUCGUCUUCGCCUUCCAAAGCUCCGCGCGCGCCCAGUACCUCAAUUUUGAAAUCACCUACCACCUUCGCGCCGUCGAUAACCAGGCCAACAGCAUCACCCGCUCCCACGACCUCCGAUUUGCAAAUUGGUCCUCCCACGACCCGUACUUUGCGCACGAAUUCUUCAGCUUGUUUGACAGCCCGGGGAGAUGGAACCUAGCCUGGACGGUUACAUGGCAAUCAUGCAAUGAAGAGGGCUUCGAGAAGCGUCCCAUGACAUCUGAUAUGGUUUGGAAUAUGACGAGUUUCUCAACCUGGUUUACUGUCCAGGAUACAGCGGAGAGUGUAGAUGCGGAUCUUGUAUCUGCUACAUCUGAGACUUCCUGCCCUGAUCCCCAAGGUGAAACUGCCAUUGCUAUCAACGUUACUGAUAAGACAAUGUCCGUGCCGAGCUGGGUGCAGUGGUCUGGCGGGAAGUAUACGAAUAGUACGUGUGCUGUUGUUGCUCCGACGCCGACAAUCCCGGAUCCUUGCAGGGUUGAUAUCGAUCGGACUGUUGUUGAGAGUAUGCAGGCCUCGUUGAAGGCACGGCGAUGCAGAGGGUUUAAUCCACCGGAUGAUUGUCCCGAGGACGAUGAGGAGAGUUCUGCGCAGCCGCAAGGGGGGCCUCUUUUGGGUGUUUUGGGAUUUUUGACAUUGCCUGGGGCACUGGGGUUACUCGGUCUGAUGUGA